AUGCACAAGAUAUCUACCACUCUCCCCUUGGCCCAUGGGAACAGCAGCAGCAGUAUUGAGCCCCUCCUGUCAGGCACCAAAGCUGCCAGUUUCUCCGGCCGCCUGUCCUCCUCCAGUUCGGCCUCGACUGUGUUCGCCCCGGGUCUGAGGAAGUAUCCCCAGGAGGGGGCGCUGUCUUCCCUGACAGCCUCCUCCAGCCAGGCCAAAGCCCUGCUGGCCAGCCUGUCAGCCUCCAGCCUGUCAGCCUCCAGCCUGAGCGCCGAGGCCCUGCUCCUCUCCUCCACCUUCCGCCAGCACCGCCUCCUCCGCGAGCAGCAGCGCGCCUCCUCCCUGCCCCUGCCCAACGGCCGCUCCUCCAACACCACCACCACCUCAACCACCCCCUCCUCUUCCUCCACCUCCCCCACCUCCACCACCUCCUCCUCACCCUCCUCCCCGACCGCCCUGACCUCCCUCAACCUCUCCUCCGUGGGGCUCAAGCCCAGCGGCCGCAGCCUGCAGCACUCCGGCUCCAACAGCUACAAGGAUCGUGGCAGCAAGACCCUGCUCAAGCCUGUCUCCCCUAGCAACUCACAGUGAAGUACAAGAGGAUGGAUGGGAGGAGGAGGAAGAGGAGGAGCACAAUCAAAGCACCAUCACAUGCCAAAACUUAAGAGGAAAACAAGCACACUAGCCCUGCCCUCAAUGCCAAGAGUUAUAUGCAGCAACACAUAUCAGUGGGGAGUUCCCCAGAGUUGACUUUCUGAGUGUCACUUUGCUGCCCUUGGUCUCAGUCCAGCAGCCAGAAUCUUCACAUAUCUAUAAUUAUACAGUACAAGAGUUGAUGGUGGUUCCUCUCUGGCUCUCCCACUCAGUAGUACUGACUGUUCCCAAGACCCCCAGAGAACAAGCUCAAAGAUGGGCCUCGGCCUCCUUUCCCUCCCACUGCCUAGUCUGGUCUGGUCCGGUCUGAUCUGGUCUGUUCCGGUCUGAUCUGGUCUGGGUGGACAGAAAAACAUUGCCAGUACUUUAUGAACUCUCAGUUUGUCAUCACACCAUUUGCCAAAUCUUACUGGAUGGAACCUAAGUGGAGUAAAUGUGAUAUCUAGACUGUGACUUAUAUUAUACAGAGUAGAGUUGCAAUAAUCAACGAGUACAGUAUAGUAGUUGUGUGUGUUCAGAGCUAUAGCAGUCGUAUUCCAUCACCUGGCACAAUGUGAAACUGUAGAGAAAAACAAAGCUAAACCAAGGUGGUGGUUUCCAUUCUGAGACCGUUUUCUGUUUGUUCGUUUCUUUAUUUCAGACUUAUUGCAUCGCCUCUGUAGAAGUCGAAACUGGUGCUAUAGUUCUCCCUGUUUUGUAAAGAGUUUACAUGAAUGAAACGGCUCCCAUUCAACGUGACUGUACAUUCCACUGUGUAUCUAAUACUACAUCCCUGGAGUGGCUUAAGACUGCUUCUCUCCGGCAUCUGAUACUGUUCUUACCCUCGUUCUCUAUGGCCCCACUAUUAACACAGCAGUUUGGCAAUGGAAGAAAAGGCCAGGGAGCUGCUUUUGUUGAGGUCCUCUGGUUUGAGAGUCUGCGCACAAUUGUAUCGCCCACAAUAGCACGUUAUAGGAACAGUAAUGUGAUGUUACAGUAGAUAAGUUAUUUAACGACUGAGCUGGUACAUGAAGAAGGGGAAAAAAAAGAAAAAACACAAUUAUAUUUAAACAGUGAAAUUGAUCGUUAAGGACUGUAGAAUGUGUAGACAUGAAUGUUGUAUGACAAUCAGGACGUAUCCACAGUGGAUGGGUUUUGCCUUGGACUGGCGUUCCCUGCUGCAGUGAUUACACUCUUAACUCAACACACACUCACGUGACCAGGCACCGGCAUACAGCAGUUAGAUGCACGCACGGUCUCCGACACGCCGGUGAGACGGAGAUCCACCAAACUGCUUAUGAAAAGCACAGUCUCCAGUUGUUUUGAGUCAGAACUGUUGACUAGAUUGCCCAUUUCUUUAUUUCAUGACUGUGGAAGCACUGGUCAUGAAUUAACCCACACACCGGUUUGAUAAUGCAGUCCUUGAGGUAGUAAACGAUUUGAAUGGUUAAAAGGAACAGAAUGUUCGAGAGAGAGAAACAAGGGCCACUGUUGAAAGGACCAGAGUUGUGGACCAGCUGAUUAUUGUUUAGCUGAUUACUUACAAGACAUGUUGCACAAUGACUUUCAUUUUGGCCUGUGUGUAUUUUCAAUAUUUGCUCUAGAUAAAACACGCAAUGAGUUUAUCUGGACCUCCCCCGACACAGAAUCGGGCUUAGCCCACAGCUGUUGGUAAGGUUGCCACUGGAAUUGGCUGCUUUUGUUCUGUGAUAUAUGUUAUGGAGAAUAAUUUGGUUCAUGUACGACGGCACCUUAAACCGGAGUGCUUACGCAGAUCACUCCAUUCCUCACAUCUGACUUAAGAGCUUGGAAGUGUUCUAAGGAUAGAAACACACUUUCAUCAAAGACGUGUCGAUGGUUUCCCUGCUGUUAAUCUUACGCCAGCAAACACUCUGAAGCUUUCUUUCUUCUGUGAUGCGUCACCAAGGCGACCUCGGGGGUUAUGGCCGUGUGUAGCCCUAGUUCAUUCUUCAAUUGUUCGGUAGACAAGUUCGUGAAAUCAAUUUUUUUGUGGCAUUGAGAUGAAAACAAUUGCUUGUGAAUGAGGCCGGUGUCAAGUGCAGAGAGCUUGAGGUGGGGAGAUUGGUUGUGGUUUUCAUGUUUGAAGGCUAGUGUAAUAACAAAGUGCUUUAACUCUUCUCUACUGAGUUCAUUUGGUGUAAAAGGGUUAGACAGGUUUAUCUGGAUGUCACUGUUUGACACCCGAUUGAGUUUAAGAAGGCUAUUAUUUUUUGCAACUCUCUUUCUGUGCUGUCCUUUGGGGGAGGGAGAUGAAAUGUCUAUGAAUUAAACCCUUCUAGGAAGAGGUUCCCUCUGGACCGGAUGUCUGACUGCCAUGGUGCUGUUCUAAUUGCACAAAAUUAUCGAUGUCGCAAUUUCCCCAUGAGAGCACAGAGUGGACCUAUCUGCUGGAACCCUCUGGAACGUUGGUUUCAUUGGAGACCCACCAAAGAUACUGUUCACCAGUUGCUCCGACAACACAUUGCUGUAAAGAUCCGAACAAAGGGGUACAUAUUGGUGUGCGCGCGCGCGCGAACACACACACACACACACACACACACACACACACACACACACACACACACACACACACACACACACACACACACACACACACACACAGCAUAGUGUGUCAGAAUGUGGCCGUGGCAUUGCAAUAAGCACACCCUCUGUUCUGUCAGCGAGAAAACGGCAAGCUCACGGCACAGCGAGUUAAUUAAGCCUCACACUGGCUGCACUGUAGCAAUGCAGGCCUCUAGCCCUAGGUUCUAUAAAGUGAAGCCAAAUGAAAGAUAUGUACUUACUCGUUCAGCUCCACACUCAAAUCCAUAACUCCCAGCACUGCUUUUGCGUCUGGCAGGGUGAUUGGGAGGAAGGGAGGGAGGUAUUCACACUUCGCUGCUUUUACACAGGAAAGUCCAAGAUGAGAACACCAAGACUGCGGGACAGUGCUUUUUUGAGUCACCAUAGCACUAGUGUUAUUGGACAGUAGAUUUCAAUAUAGCUGAGUCUUGGAGGGGUUUAUUGGUAGUGGGGAUGAGGAAGGGAGGGUGGAGAGUGUGGAGACACUCGUAGUGAAAGCCCCUGGCAAUCAGAGAGAGAGUUCAUUGCAAACUUGAGAUGAAAAUGAAAAAUAAUCAUAAGUAUAUGAAUAUAUCUUUGUGAAGAUGUUUGUGUAUGAUAUUAAAAUAAUUGUGAAGAAAGUGUGACACAUAGGUCUGGAUUAAAUUAUUAUAAUGUACAAUUUAAAUCAUCCUCUUUUGGGGAUUUAUAUGAGUAGGCAUUUUGUACAGACUUUCCUUUUCAAUUCUUCGAGAGAGAUAAUGUAUUUCACAUUAGCAAAUUAUUUAUUCAUAAGCAGAACAUUUGUAUAUUGAUUUGAAAAUAUUUAUCUGUAUAGAAGACAGGACAGGUAUGUAAUAUACAGUGGAGCUCAUUUUUAAUUCUGGGAUCUUUUUAUUAGCACUAUUUUUAACAGUUGUGUGAGUUUCCUCUUUUGUUGGCCUGCUGGCCCAUACUACUGGUAUGUUUAGGGAGAGGUUGCCCCUGAGCUGGUCCAGUACAACGUCUGCUCCCAGGCCUCCACUAGCUAACAUUCAUUUUGAGGUAAGGGGAGCUGUUCCUAGACCUUUUCUUAGAGGCGUGCCUUUUCUUUGAAACUUCUGUUGGUUUACUUAGUCCUCUUCUAGUCUCUGUCCUAGUCUUUGUAUUACAUAGCGCUCCUUAUGCCUGGCUGAUUCCAGUGAUGUUAGAGAGAAGUCUGGUGGGAGUCAGCGAGAGAGAGAUGAGAGACAACACUGUGAAGUGGGCGUUUAUAUGAUGAUGCAACAUGACCUUGGUGCUCUGAUUGGUUGUAUUGAUCUACCGUGAAAGGACUGUUCACAAGAGAGGGGUUGUCUGUUCCUCCUGAAGGCAUCCCACUAAAAUGAAUAGCCUAUACUAGAAACUCCUCUACUGGUGGUACGAUAGGAUGGUAAUUACAUCUGUAUGGCCCAAAGUUAUUAACGGAGAAGGAUCUCAGCAUUGAACAAGUCAUUUAGGAUUCAAUGACAAACCAAGAGCCCGUAACGCGGAUAGAUAUGGAGCGUUAAGCUUUUUCUUCUUCAUCAUCAUAAUCUUUGUCUAUUGAGACGUGUUUGGUUCUGUUUUUAAUAAAUGAAAGAGACAUAUGUGCAUUAUUUGACCUGCUGUCUGUGGUGUGUGCAGUACUGUAUGAGGUUCUGACAUGAAUGUGUGGAUGUUCCAAAAUCUUGGCGUCAAGAAGAUAACAAGACAAAACGAUAUGUAAAUAGACGGAGUAAUUCCUAGAAAGUGCAACAAAAUAUUAUAUCCAAAAUAAUGAUUUAUUAAUUCAAAGAUGGACACAAAGGUAUAUUAUAAAACAAUGCAUGAAAUAUUGUCAAGCAAACGCACGGUGCAGUUGUUGUCUACAUGUUUUCUUAAAAAACAGAGCGAGAUGGAAGCGGUACACCUCUUUUUCUAAGGUUUACAACGGUAGAGAGCCAGACCUUUUUUUUAAACUUUGGAUCUUUCUGUGACACAGGCGAUGUUCAGUCUUACUGUGUUCAGUGAUGCAACAGUGAAUAUGGCUAAGAGUGAGGAGUGUUCCCAACCAUCCAGAACGAUCCGGAACGCUUCAACGCACCUUCACCAGAAAACACCACCAAUUUUGAUCUCCCACUUGUAGAGUAGUGUGACAUAACGAACAAUACAAAAAAAAAUGGAUCUAUAUAAAUAUAAAUACCUACUGAUACUGGACAUUCUCAUUUAUCAGUGUGGAUGCCAUGAUAUUCUGUGAGAAAUGUGUUUUUUUUUUGUUUCCUUUCUGUGAGAAGACCGGCAGUUGAACCUGCUUCCUUUUGUACAUACUUGCUGUGGUUGUGUGUCUAAUAAAGUGCAGCUCUCUUGUA